CACAGCCCCACAGCCAGGCAGCUGAAGCCGAUGAGAGUUCCCCAAAAUCCAAAAGCCAGCAUGCAGGAUCCACAAGACAGUUCAACGCCUCCAGUAACCACAGUGACGCCUGCCACUGACACAACUCCUCCUGACUUAACCUAGUCAACUCCUGUAGGACGUGCUUUCCCCGCCCGCCUAUAUCUUUCACUGUCUUACUGUCGAGAGAGACACUCGAUUCCUCAGUCAUCAUCUGCUCACACAACACACAGAUUUCUGCUUGGUUUUUGACAUCGAGAGAAGACAUCAAGCCAGUAAGCAAUAAUAGUUUGGAAAAAGAAGAGUCAUUUUACAGAAGAGAAGAAAGCCUAUCAAGUGGCAUAUCCCAGUCAAGCAGUUUAACACAUUGUGAAGAUAUUAAAAAGAAACUACAAUGGGAAACGCAACCAGUAGCGCACUAUCAAAGGAGAUCCUGGAGGACCUCAAGCUCACCACAAAAUUUACCGAGCAAGAAAUCUCCCAGUGGUACGAGAACUUUCAGAAGCAGUGUCCAUCAGGACGCAUCUCACCGGAGGAGUUUGAGGAAAUCUAUGGCCGCUUCUUCCCUGACAGUGAUCCUAAGAGCUACGCAAGGCAUGUGUUUCGUUCCUUUGACACCAACGAUGACGGCACUUUAGACUUCAAAGAGUACAUCAUUGCACUACACAUGACCUCCACUGGGAGGACAACCCGAAAACUGGAGUGGGCCUUCUCCCUGUUUGAUGUAGACAAGAACGGAUACAUCACCAAGGCAGAAGUGAAAGAAAUAUGCCAGGCCUUGUUUAAGCUGAUCCCCAAAGAGGACCACAGCAAACUGCCAGAGGAUGAGAACACACCCGAGAAGAGAGCCAACAAGCUGUGGGGCUACUUUGAAAAGAAAGACAAUGAUCGACUGGCUGAAGGAGAGUUUAUUACAGGAGUGAUCGAAAAUGAGAAUGCAAUGCGUCUGAUCCAUUACGAACCAAUAAAACAUUAAAUCCCUUCUCAUUCCUACGUUUCUCCUCUUUGCACCCUUUUCUGUUUUUAUUAAACUAUUUUCUCUUUUUUUAAACACACUUUCCCCUCUUCUUCCUCUCUCUGUAUCAGAUGUUUUCUCUAUCCCCUUCCUUAAAUAACCUGGCCCCUUUGUAAAUAAGCAUUCCUACAGUUUCUGUACAUUUGUGUGUUACACAUACUUAUACACAUUAAGUAUCAUACUUAAUUAUUAGCUUGUUAUGCUUUUUUUUGUCUUUUAGAAAUCUGAAAUGUCCUCCAGUAUUGUAAUUUACUCACUUGUACAAAAAAAUUAAAGAUUUUCUCAUUCAUCUGGGCUUUGGAAAUCUAUUUAUCUUAUCUCUCCUGGAAAACAAUUAAAUCUCCUUUGACCUAGAAACAUACUGCAUAUUAUAAUGCUGGUGGUUGAUAAAAAUUUUCACUUUAGGUUUUAAGUUUUCAGUUAUAUUAAUCCCUGACAGUAAAUCCAGGAUUAUCUCAAAUGUAUAACCUACAAAAAUUAAAGGUAAAUUUAAGUACUUGUUUUUGGCUUUUGUAAAAAAACAACAACAAAAAAAAACUCGGUACUUAUACAAUUUUAUCUCAAACAUAGUAUAUGACAGGAACUAAAUGCAGUUUUUUAGAGCGUUGUUUUCCUGAAACUGGUGUUUCGGUGUUGCAGAUAUUAGUGUGUGCAGGCAUUUCUUUCCAACUUUCAUCCUGACCCCCCACAAGCUGCUCCUCUCUUGCUUCACUCUCCUCCCUCUAUUCCUCCUCCUUUCCAUCCAACUCGGGAUUACUGGUUUACACAUAAUCUUCUGUUCAACAUCAGAGAGCAGACUUUUCAAAAUCUCUGUAAUCUUUCCAUCUCUAUGGGUUUGUCUGUGCAUCUCCAGAGAGGCUGUGCUUGUAGUAGCUUCUGGUAUACAUGAAUUGCAUUAAAAAUUUUUGUCUCUCAAAAGUUUCUGACCAAAGAAGUUUAAAAAAGGAAACAUGUCUAUGAGCAGCAUGUUUCUCUAUGGAACGUGCUGUUCUUUCAGGAAUACACGCAUCAUCCUCUGGAACGAAUUGAUCGCUAAGAUGAUGGUUUUCAAGUUAAUAUAUAAACAGUAGAAUAGAGGAAGCAUUUCUUUCCAUUUGCAAACAAAGACAUACAUUUCUUUCCUACUAUGAGGCACUGAGAAAUACCCAGAAAAAUGCAGGCUUGCAUGUGAACAAGAUACAUACACAAAUACAUACGUUGUAGGCUUAGCGUUUUGAUAUGUGUGGAUUUCUUUGGGCGUUGAGCCCAAUCAGUACAUCCCAUGUUCACAGAGAGUCAAAGUGGACGACGAGAAAGAAAGGAUGUGUUUGCUUGCAUUGACCUUCUCCACCUUGGUUAAAGUGUCUUUCCUUUUCGGAUUUUCAGCCCUUUCA